AUGUCCAUUCUUGAUGGUACAGAGGGCAAGACGGCAGGUGCUGGGAAUGGGAAUGAAGCCGAAUCGACCAAUACAUCCACAGCCGCCUUCCAUGUUGGCUCUCCGGCGAAUGAUACCCGGUCCGAAUUAAAGAAAUUAGGAUUUCCGCGAUUCAAUGGCCAAUCGGUUCCCAAAUCAGAUGCGAUGUCGUCCGUGGAUUCCGAUAUGACAAUGAUGAAACUGCCUUUGGCGCAAUUAGCUACUAGAGGAACGAAGAAAUCCUCCUCCAGCCCGAUAUCACCUCCCCCACUGUCUACUGCCAUUAAGCCCGCGCAGGAUUUGUCUGAGCGCGGGACCCCUCGAGCGCAGACAAUGCAAGACUUUGAAGAUAUCGACAGUUCUUCACAUUCAAACAACCUCGAGGAUAUACCAGAAGGAACCGAUGCUCUUAAUAGGAUCAGCGUUGAAGUUGGUACAACAUCCCACGGGCUAAACUGGGAUGUGAAGCACGUCUCGGAUGGUCAAGCUGAAAUCAGAUCCUUGAAAGCAGCGCUUACUGAGUGUUGGUCACUUUGUAACACACUGGCCAGUCUGAGCUAUAUUCACCAGCAUCGGCUGAACUGUAAAGACGAUGUGCACGAAGAGGCAUGGAAAUCCUGCUGGACACUCUGUCGGGAAUUAUAUAAUUCCCAAUGCAAUGACCAUGGAUGUCGGGUAAACUCAACACUUGAUACCUGUCGAAGCUUCUGUCAAACAUUGUUCGAUGCUAGAGAUUGCGACGAUGAAUUGGCAGACUCGGUCCUUCGCGUCAGCUUCGAGCUCAACAACCAUCUAUAUAACACACAUGAUCGAAAUUUGCCAGACGCUUUUAGAGAAAGGACUCUAGACUUUUACAUUACCUUAUGUCAUCGUCUUAUGAAGCAAAGAACUGGAACCAAUGACUCCGAUUCUCUACUAAGCGCCUGCUGGUCACUCGCGGAGAUGCUGUUCAGUAUACGACAGGCUCAGAAAGGGGGGAGGGUGUUAGAUGAGGAGUUACUUGGCUCUGCUGUACAAGCCUGUUGGGAUCUUUGUGAUAUCUACCGAGAAGGCUGGUCUCGACGAGGCCUGCGUAAUUCUGAUCGCGGCACGCCCCGGCCAAGCCAGACGACAUAUCCCCAGAUUGUUCGGACUAGGGAAAAGGGACCUUCUAAGGCUCAUCUCAAUGAUAAGGCCUCACAACAAGGGAAUCCCGAAACACCUACAACCAUCUUCGAGGAUACUGCCGCAGCUUCUCCUGAUGAGGCGCCACUUCAAAACAUAUUUGUUUUAGGACAAGGCCUAGCAGCGUGGCGAUCGAACUCUUCAAGCAUUUCCGAACAAUCCCAAUCCUCUGAGCAUUCAACGAAUACAAUAAAGACUUCCUCCAACGAUCUUAGCCUAGGAAGCCUUAGGAUACUGAUGGCAAAGGCUGCAAUCAACUGCGGAUAUUUGCGUGACGGUCCGCAGAGCCUGCCUUCAUUCAUCAAAUCACUUUCUUCAGACGCGUUUGGGUCAAUGUCUUGGCAAUUGUCUCUACUUAAAAAUUACAAGAGGACCGUUGCAAUUGAUCCUUGUUUUCGAGAGAUAGGGCUUCAAGCCCGUGCCAGUGCUACCGAGAUAGCAAACGCCGCACAAUUAGCAAUGCAGGCAGGACGAUUUCCUUGGCUUGGGGAUCUUUACCGCUUUGUAUUUGGUUUUCAUUUAGAUGAGGCAAUCGGCCAUAAAGACAUCAUGCUUGAAGUCUAG